AUGGAAAGUGGUACAAUAAUUAGCUGGGAAAAAAAAGAGGGUGAUAAAUUAAAUGAAGGGGAUCUUUUAGCAGAAAUUGAAACAGAUAAAGCAUCGAUGGGAUUUGAAACACCAGAAGAAGGAUAUUUGGCAAAAAUUUUGGUGUCUGCUGGAACUAAAAAUGUUCCAAUAGGAAAGUUGGUUUGCAUAAUAGUUUCCGAUCAAGCUGAUGUAGAUGCUUUUAAAAACUUUGUCAGCACUGAAUCUGAUAAAACUGAAGAACCAGAUUCCAAAAAAUCAGAUGUUAAAGAAUCUCCUACAGUGACCUCUUCUACAUCAUACCCUCCUCCUCCUCCUCCUCCAUCUUCUCCUUUGCCACCUUCAUUUCUGGAAUCUUCUGCAAAUACACAGAAUCGAGUGUACUCCAGUCCACUGGCAAAAAAAAUUGCUUCCGAGCUGGGAUUGUCACUGGAGAAAUUAGGUUCUGGAAGUGGAAUACAUGGAUCUAUUAAAGCUCCAGAUUUACAAAACUUUAAAUCUCUUAAAAUUUCACAACAGUCUGUUACACAACCGGCAUUCGAAGAAUUAACUUCAUCAAAUGCUCAAAGUGUUCUUACUCAACAUUUUUCUAAGUCUAAACAGACUAUUCCUCAUUAUUAUCUUAGUACAGAAAUUAAUAUUGAUAACACUGUCGAUAUGAAUACUAAAAUAAAUAAGUUAAAAGAAAAAGACGGGAUUUCUCUUAGCCUUAAUGAUUUUAUCAUUAAAGCGACAGCAUUAGCUUGCAAACAAGUUCCAGAAGCAAAUUCAUCUUGGCAGGAUACUUUUAUUAGACAAUUUAAUAAUGUCGAUGUGAAUGUGGCUGUUAUUACUGAAAAUGGUUUACUGUUUCCGAUUGUAUUUAGUGCAGAAACCAAAGGUUUAAAUAGCAUAAGUACCGAAGUGAAAGAAUUGGUCGCUAAAGCAAGAGAAGGAAAAUUAGAUCCUAAUGAUUAUCAGGGAGGAACAGUUUCAAUAAUUAAUUUAGGAAUGUAUGGAAUAAGUAAUUUUUCAGCCAUUAUUAAUCCGCCACAGGCUUGUAUACUUUCAGUAGGUUCAAAAUACAAAAAAGUUGUACCCCAUUCUAAAAGUGAUAAAGGUUAUAAAAUAUCGGAUUAUUUGUCUGUAACGCUAAGUUGUGAUCAUAGAGUAUUAGAUGGUGCAGUUGGAGCUCAAUGGGUGUCGGUAUUUAAAAAAUAUUUAGAAAAUCCCGAUUUGAUGUUGUUGUAA